UUUUGCAGUGGAGGUGGACAGUAAGUAGUUGGCAGUCAGGGAUAUUGUGGAGAUUAACCCAGAAUGGGGGAGGGGGAGAGAGAGAGAGAGAGAGAGAGAGAGAGAGAGAGAGAGAGAGAGAGAGGGAGAGAGGGAGUUACAUGCAGUGACUUCUCAUCAGUCUGCCGUGGAUUUGUCUGGAGGACGUUUGGAUGCAAAACAAUAAAAUAAGAUAAAACCCAAAGAACCACGAGAGACUAACACGAGCAGCGAUGCGAUUGGUCAGUGUGGAGGCGGCGAGGGUCCGCAGGGCGGCUGAGGAGGAGAGAGAGAGGGAGAGGGAGAGGGAACCUCCACCUCACCAACCCCCCUCACACCACUCCAACCACCAGUUCAACAGCAUGAAGAACAAGUUCUACAAUGAGCACACGCACCUGCCAAAUCAUAAACUCAGGAUGCCCAUGUGGGCUGUAGGAGCCAUUGUGGUCGUGGUCCUUGCCCUUGUCGCCUGCAUGGGAUUCUGCAUUUACAAGAAGUGCAUCAACAAGGGCAAGAAGCCCAAGAAGGUCCGUGAGAGGAAGGGAGGACGAGGGCGCAGGAAGAAGGACAAGGAAGGAGAGGAAGGAGAAGAAAAGAAGGAAGGAGAGGACGGGAAGCAAGAGGAGGAGAAGGAGUUCUUUGGCAAACUGGAGUACACACUGGACUAUAGCUUUACUGAUAACCAGCUUAUAGUCGGGAUCCUCCAGGCUCAGGACCUUGCAGCCAUGGACAUGGGCGGGACGUCAGAUCCCUAUGUCAAAGUCUACAUGCUGCCGGACAAGAAGAAGAAGUUUGAGACCAAAAUCCAGCGCAAGAACCUCUGUCCCGUCUUCAAUGAGACCUUCACCUUUAAGAUACCGUACACUGAGUUAGGUGGCCAGACUCUGGUGCUGCAGGUGUUUGACUUUGACCGCUUUGGUAAACAUGACUUGAUCGGCGAGAUCAAGAUCCCCAUGAACUCUAUUGACCUUGGACAGCCAAUACAUGAAUGGAAGGAUCUGAUUGGAGGAGAGAAAGAGGAGCAAGAGAAGCUCGGUGAUGUCUGCAUUUCCCUUCGUUAUGUGCCCACGGCUGGCAAGCUAACGAUUAACAUCAUGGAAGCCAAGAACCUGAAGAAGAUGGAUGUUGGUGGACUGUCAGAUCCCUUUGUUAAGGUGGUGCUGCAGCACAACGGGAAGCGACUGAAGAAGAAGAAGACAACAGUCAAACAGAACACUCUGAAUCCUUACUUCAAUGAGAGCUUUAGCUUUGAGAUCCCCUUCUCCCAGAUCCAGAAAGUCCAGGUGAUAAUCACUGUGUAUGACUACGACAAGCUGGGCAGCAACGACCCCAUUGGCAAGUUUUGGAUCGGCUACGGAGCAUCAGGUGUCGGCCUGCGCCACUGGUCAGACAUGCUGGCCAAUCCCAGGCGUCCGGUGGCCCAGUGGCACACACUGCUGCCAGAGGAGGAGGUGGAUGCUGCUCUGAAGGCCCCAAUCCGUUAAACACACUCACACAGACACACACACACAUAUAUACAGUAUAUAUACACACCGUAUACAUAGGAGAGGUGUCAUUUGCAAGCAAACAACUGUAGGUUUUCUAACCUCUGAGUAGUCAUAUUUAACGUGCUUCACUCAUUUUGUAAUAUUUCAUUUUGGGAACUCUUUAUACGACUACAUGUGUGCUUUAUAUUGUUUUGAACACAUACUAGAGAAAUAAUAAGACCCUGCAACGCACUCACAUUUAUGCAAACUUACAUGUACAUAGUGCAGCUAAUGUUUGUGCACUCACCUCCCCUGUUCAUUUAUUAAAGGGUCACUCCAGCAGUUUAUUAUUAUGGUAUUAGUAAGAUUGAAGCAGACUAUCCUGACCUUAAGCCUCUAAAACCUCUCGAUACAACUCUGGAAUGGACAUCUCAAGCCCAAUGUGACCAUGAUGACAUCAUCAGGGUUAGUUCCCCAGAUGUUUAAAACUUUCUCCACAGUCACAGGGGGACAUAACACAUCUGCUUUCAUGGCCUGAGCAGUUCCCCAAAAAAAACAUUGGGACGCUGUGCAAACUCAGACCAGAGGACACUUUUCUACUUUCUAUCAGUCCAGCUCAGAUGAGCUCAUGGACAAACUGUAUUUAUUCACAGUUCUCUGACGUGUUCCUGAGCUCUUGUAGUAACAUCCUUCAUACAAUCAUGCCAGUUUUUCGAUUCAGUGCCACCUGAAGGGUCGUAGGUCACAUUGAAGAACAUUCAGUGUUGGUUUUGGGGCUUGUCCCUUAUGUGCAGAGAUUUCUCUGGAUUCUCUGAAUCUUAUAACAUCAUAGAUUGUAGGUGGUGAAAUCCAUAAAUUAAUUGAACUAAUGUUAAUAAGAAACAUUGUUCCUCGCCUCAUCCUUCAAGGGCGCCACUUACAUACCCUAUCAUGAUCCUAUCACCUGUUAAUGAAGCUGUUUUUUCACUCACUCUUAUGUUGCUCCUGUCCGAACCUCCAUCAUCAUCUCAUCAAAUCAAAUCAUCUCAUCCUGUUCUUGUUUUAUAAAUCGUCCCAACUUAAAUAGACUGUACUGUAGUGUCGUCAAAUUAGUUUUGAUACUUAUUAACGCAUCAGUUCUUUCUGUUGAACUGAUUCUGUGCUGUCACAGAGCUGAACUCAUCUUUUCUCUCUCUCAUCUGGUUCACCCCGAUUUGUUGUUUUUCAUGCAAACAGUCUAAACUUGUUUUUUUUUUCUUGUGAAACGUGUUUGUUGUGUAGUUACAUGUUUUUACUGAUCAUUGGUUUGUCUCUUUGUGCUUGAAUGAGAUUGGAUUGUCUGGUGAGUGUGUGCAUUGAUCCGUGUGUGUUUGUGUGUGUGCGCGUGUAUUAUAUCAUAAAAAUGGAAAGCUGUUUGUGGUUUCACUUUGGAUGCAUACCAUGUGAUUGUAAAUUUAAAAAAACUGAGCGAAUAAAAUGUUUCCGAACAAGGACAGAUGGUUCGAUGG